GUUUCUCUGAGAUGUGAAUUCAUUCUACUUUGAGGCUACAGCAAACCAAAGUAACUAACUGUUAGCUCUCGGGCUAGCCGAUUCUGCUAAUGUUGUUAGCUCCCUUGCUGGCUGCUUUGGUCUCUGCUGUUCAGAACUUGGCUACCUUCCGUUUCCUUGUAGUCUUGAGUUGAUAUUUUAGAAUACAUUAAACUGUUUUAGUACUUGUAAUUCGUCAGUACUCCAGAUAUUUGAUGUAUAGCACUGUUAUGUCCGCAUAAGUCCAAUAAUGAUAGUUAAUUUAAUGUAAUUGGAUUUUAGCGUUAGCUUCUGCUAGUCACUCCAGAGUCUCUUUUUUGUUGAACUCAAACGUAACUUUGAAUUGCAAAAAAAGGGAGGUUUAAUGUUUAAUUCGCCAAGAAUGCAUGCAGUCAGUGUUUCACCUCACUUCCUGUCAGCGUGCUUUCAUUCAAUCGUGGAGCUCUCCGUGGUUCUGACGCGGAGGGCCCACCCCACCUCCAGGUUUUAAACUGCAUUAAAAUGAGUACUGCACCUUAAAUGACCCACAGAAGGAUAACUGAGCAGCUUAUUAGUUGAAAUCAAUCCUUGGUUGACUGUGGGGUUAGAUUAGAUUUUUUAAAAAGUCUUAUUUUGGGGUACUAUCCUGUUGUCGCUAACGAGUAUUUUUAACACCAACGGAUGCUAAUAAAGCAAAUCAGUGGGACAGCCUCAUCUGUAAAAUGUCGACAGUGUUGUUUGCCUCUGUGGUUCGCGUCGCGGACGGCCUGCCUCUCUCAGCAUCCACCGACUACGAACAGGAGAAAGACCUCCAGGAGACGAAGAGGCAUCUUAAGGGUCUCUCCAAGAAGCUCAACCAGUUCCCUGACCGCUGUACACUCAAGUCCGGAUCGUACAAUGUGAACUUCAUAUACUCGCUGGGUGUUGGAUACCUGAUGGUCUGCACUGGAAAUUACCCUAAUGUGUUGGCCUUCUGCUUCCUGGACGAGCUGCAGAAAGAGUUCAUCAUCACUUAUGACUCCAAACGUGUCAGCAGCGCCAUGCGGCCGUACUCCUUCAUCGAAUUCGACACCUUCAUCCAGAAGACCAAGCAGCGCUACAACAGCCCUCGCUCCCUGUCCACCAAGAUCAACCUGGCUGACAUGCAGACAGAGAUCAAGCUGCGCCCGCCCUAUCAGCUUUCCCCAGAGGACCUGCAGGCUAUCAAUGGAUUCUCGGUGCGAGCUGCUUCUAAAUACAAGGGCAUAGCUCCCACACAGAUGUUGGAGCCGGCGACGCUCCCAGGCAUUGUGUCCUGUGUGCUCAGCAUCCUCUGUGGAGGCCUGAACCUGCUGAGAGGAGUCCAUGCUAUAGAGAGCAUACUACAGAAUGAUGACGAGGACUUUAAUUAUGUGAUUGCCUUCUUCCUCGGCACGGCGGCCUGUCUGUAUCAGUGCUACCUGUUUGUCUACUUCUCCAUCUGGAGGAACAGCAAGUCCUUCUUGGCGUUUGCGCUCAUCUGUCUGUCCAACAUGUACCUGUAUGAACUGAGGAACAUUUGGCAGAUCCUCUUCCAUGUAGCUGUGGGGGCCUUCAUGACCCUGCAAAUCAGACUGAGGCAGCCGCUGGGCAAAGCUCCAGACUACAAUGUCUGACUAAGAGCAACAAAACAAGACUAACGCGCUGUAAGUCAGGUGCCCCAGCGCUGGCCCGUCAGACACACUGGAAGCAAAAACCAGCCUUCCCGAUUCAGAGGAGGAAAAGGAGGGGCGAGCAUUUCACCGGUGCAUAAAUGGAUCCGUCUCCAUUUGGAUUUGGAAAGGAAAGUCUGCUGCGGUCCGACUGCUUCAUGGAUUUUAUUGGAUUGAUUUUAGAAGCUGCCUCCUCUCCUUUAUUGCGUGAUGAUGAUUUAUGGACUUCUUUUGCACAGCUCUGAUUUAGGUCACAGGCCCGUCUGCAGGAUUUCCACGGCUGCAAAUCCCAUGCAUUUGAAAAGUUGUUGUUUUUUUUUUACUGCGUCCAACGGAAAAAGAAAAUGCUAAUAAAUUUAUGUAUGUUUUCAUGAUUGCAAUUAAAAUGAAGUGAAGUACCUUUCAGAAGGCAUUGAAACUGAACUCAUAACCUUUUCCCCUGUAUCUUCUUGUUAAACUAGCUCAUAUGUCAGCCGUGAGGUUUGUUAAAUAAAUCCUCAAAUGAAUAACCUGAAACUACAUUUACACACCAGCAGAUAUUUAAUUGUCUUUAUAACUGGAGUGUGGAGUAUCUUACAUGUCUCCGUGGUUCAGGACACCUCGUUGAAUUAAAUUGGUCCAAUCCUUGUUUCUGCAGAGCUUGACGACAUAUUUCAACCAUUUAAAUCAGAUGUGUUGGAGCAGGGAAACGUCUAAAAUAUGUCGGAUACCGGUAUCUGUUUGAUUGAAAAUGGACUCGAUUAAAUAUUUUAAAUAUAAAAUCAGGGUUUUCGCCAUGUCGUAACUUUUCUCUCUAAGCUCUCUCUCAAAGCAGCAGCACCGGUUGCUGACUAUGCUUUAUUUUUGACUUUGUGUGGGGCAGAAAUUUGGACUCAUUUUCUCAUAAAUGCAUUAGUCGGCAGCUUUGUGUGCUGUAGAGGCAUGCAGUUGGAUCACAGAACCAAAUGGACAACAUGUGUCGGGAGUUUCCUUUCAAUUUAUCUGAGGUCCGUUGUGAUCUUCACCCAGGUGGUUAAGAUGCAUCAAGAGAUUUUAAACACAAACGCAGCCUCAGCACGCCAUGUCUUUAUUCUGUUGAGGCUUGAUAUCAGCUGGUUGUGUGAAACACCCGCCUCCUGUUCCAUGUUGGGAACUUUAAGCUGAUUGCGAUGCAUAAAGAACAUGUCUGCAGAUUGAAAGGAUAAUCUGAACUCGUCUUGAAUAAUAAAAAACUCCGUUACAUUUUACAAAAAAUCAGAAAAAAUGUGCAAUAAUACAAAAAUAUGUACAAUUUGCGAAGUUUUAAAACCAUUUCAAUAAGGGCAACUUGUAUUUAAUAUUGUUUAAGUUCUGUUUACGUCAGUAUUUUUGACAGAAUGUUUGCCACCCACAUCUCGUUUUAAAUUUUUCUAUUUUGAAAAAGAUCUACAUGGGAUUGUAUUACAAAAUGCUUUAUUACUAAUGCUUUACAAGCAGGUGACGAUAAUGUCAACAUGACCUAGAUCAAAGCUCAAAAGAAGCUCUGCAGUCCGGCUAAAGGUUGAAGCUCAUCUUUCUUUUCUUUGAUACCGUUUCCUCCUUUUUCUUUCCAGUCGUUUCAACUUUAGCUCACAUUUAAGGUUAUUUGGAAGUGGAGUCAGGAGAAAUGAGACGGAUAUUAACUAACCCAUAAAAACUUGAGUUUUCCAGGACAGAUGCCAGAGUGGGAUUGUGCAAAGUAUACCUCUUUAUCAUUGUUUGUAAUGAUGUCUAGAUACCAGUGCACAUGCAUAGUUUUUAAACUUUAAGAAAAACUUGUGUGGAUGCUGGACAUAUUUUGCAAAAUGUCCACGUUGGUGUUGACAAUUAGGUGGAGAAUGUGUUAGGAAUUGCAUUGCGUUGCCAGUGUGCAUUUAUUUCAUUUGUAAGAGUAUGUGGCAAGAAAGUGAAGAAGCAAUCAGAAAACAGAUCUUUAGACUACAAGAGAUUAAUUUAGGAUAAAACAAAGAAAAGCUCCAGUAGGUAGUUUUUUUUUUUACUUUGAUACCAAGAGGUAACAACCUGAAAACACACAGAGAAAAUCAAUAAUCUGAAUUUUUCAUUCUUUUUUUUUUUUUUUACCUUUCAUUCAUGUUCUGCCACCUAUGCUUUCUUUUAAAACCAGCACUGGUAUUUCUUCAACCAGUGAAGAAAAACCAGUAUCCACAGUAGAAAUGUCCAUUUUUGGUGUCGAGGUGAAACUAUGCAACGCUGCCUUCCUGUUUGAGUCACUCAAACUUUAAAUUAUUCACUAAUCAGGGGUAAAACACUCAUAUCUUUUUUGUUGUUGUCUUUUGCAAGAGCUCAUUAUUUAUUCAAUGACUGAUUUUGGUGCAAGAUGUAAUCAUUUCUGAAAUUCGUGUUUUGUUUUUUUUAAAUUGUUGUGUUUUCAUUCAGACGUGUAUAAAUGUGUACUUGUGACAACAUAAAGCUCCUGUCGGCUCAGACGGUUAGCAGCCGCAUCCUUCCUCGCCUACACAGCCUCCAGUGUGUGCCAGUGUCACAAUGACUGUGUGAAUAAACACAUCCGUGUUGCCAACAGCAAGGAUGCAUCACUGUUUUCUUUACCUCCUACUGAGUUCUUUAGCUCAGACAUCUUUUUCUGGUACUUACGACUUUUGUGCUGCUUUCACGCAGCUUAUAUGUAACGUUUAACAUUUAUUUGGGCAGCUUUGGUUUCUUUGCUCUCUGAAGUUUUACAUUCUUAUUGUGACCAAAGAUGUGCGCAGAGGAAGCUGGAAAGGAAAACAAACAGUUUUAAGUCUUGCAGCUCUUCGCACAUCUGGCAUCAGAAGUUAACAAGUCGUUCUCAUGCGACCUAUUAAUGCAGUCUGACUUUUACUCCGCUUUUCCAGCAACGACCACACCUACAUGACCUCAUGCCGGCUCUCGCACUGCACGGCUCAGGCUUUCUGGGAGCUGAGUGGAGUCUUGUGUCACGGACUCGACAUCCUGCAUCUUUGCAGUUACAGUAAAUAUGUUGCGUGGGCGGUUUUGUCAAGAAAUUGAGAUUCGGGGAAUUGUCGACCAGAUUUGUUUGUGGAUGGAAAUUGAAAGAGCGCUUGAAGAUGUCAUCACCAGGAAAAGAGGGGCAAAAAAAUUCAAAAUAAACCCUUGACUGUAAAUUAUAUGUUAAAUUUGUCAUUUAAUUAAUUAAUGUAAACAUGAAACAAAAUUACACUUUUCUGCAUUUGGAGCGAUAUUGGACUGUCUACCUUCAGAUGUAGAGAGAGCAAAUGGCUUUAGAAAGAGACAGCAGCACCUUUUACAUCUGUUGUUCCCAAACAGCAAACCUAUAAAUUAACAAGUCACGUUUCAGAAAUCAAACUGAACAAAAGACAACGAUAAUGCUAAAAAAUAUAUAUGCUAAUAAAGGUUAAAUUACUCAUGGGUUAUAACGACUAUACCCUAACGAUUCUGUUUGUGCUGCCCUCAUACCGCUGCGUAAUUGAUUGACAAAUUUGGAAACCACAAAUGUAAGAAAUUGGUGUAACAUUGUGGGCAGCAGUAAUGUCUGUCCACCAGCCUGGCACAGUCUCCAUGACAACUAGAUGGAAUCUAGUUUCCAUUUAGAUGGAAAGCAGGUAUAAGGAUUUAUUUUAACUUAACUGUUAGUGAUGGAUGGAUGCAGAUAAUUUUUUACCUAAGAAUUAACAAGGCUAUAGAAAAACUGGAAAAUGUGUGUUUAUUUUUCUCAAAGUUUUUUGAGUAUCUUACUUUAGAGUCAACAUGAAGUCUGAGUUCAUAUCUUAAGUUUCUGCUCUGCCAGUACUUGUUUUGCAGCUAUUUAGCUGCUUUCAAAUCACAUUUCCUAACGGGCAACAACAAGCUACAGAUUACCACGAGAUUUAGAGACUCCACAUGACACAUAAGAAAUUGUAAUUGCUGUUUGUGUUUUUCGAGCAGACUCAUACGUAACAUUACAUAUGAGUUUUUUGAAAAACACUUGCGCUUUUUCUGGAUUUUUAGAUGCGCUGCUAACUUGGAUAACAUGAGCUGUAUCCUCAUGUGAUGAGUGAUCAUUUUGUGGCAAAUUUCACCCAAUUAGGGCAAAUUUUCCUGUCCAAAAAAGGUCAACGUCAUUAUGUCUGCUUCAACACCAAAUAAACCCUGCUGUGCUUCCUGAUAAAAUACAAAACCUAUUUUCUACUGAACACAAGAGGAUUUCAUGAUCAGCUUAUUAAUGUUGACCAAGUACCAAACUUAAUUAAGCAAUUAGUGAUUUGACUAUAAUGUAGAUAUAGAUAUUAAUCCAGUUAUGGAUGAACCAACAGUACUAAUUAGCUCGUCUGUCUUGUUUUCCAAGCUUUAAUCAUUAAUGUCGCUCCUUCAUAAACAAAAAUGAUGGAGCUCUGCUGCCAUCUGUUGGUAGAAGUUAGGUACUUUCCAUAACAGAUUUUUCAAUGAAAACAUAAAUACACUCUGCCAACACACCAGUUUUUACACACAAGACUGAGUUUAUCAGUAACAAAUAAAACAUAUGGAAGAAAAAGACCGAUGUGUACCUGUGAAACAUCUCUGCAGUUUAUUUUACUGUAAAAAAAAAAAAAAAAAAAUGGUGUCGGAACAAGACAAUAAAAACAACCCAUCGUCUUCUCUCUGGAGCUGCUUUUGUCACAGAUGGUUCAUGUCAGUGUCAUUGUGGGAGAAAUCAGUAGCUGGAACGCAUUUAAGCUCAAACAAACUAGAAAUGAAAAAACAAAAACAUGGGUUUAAAUUGGCACAACAUUCAGCGAGUCAAAUAAAACGGCAUUUAAAAAUGUAGUUGCGUUGCAGCAGCAGUACAACAGGUUACCGAGACAACACUCACCUGGGUAGGAUAUUGCAGUUUUAUUUUCCAGAGGCUUAAAAUAUUGAUUUACUUAUUAUAUCCUACCAGUGAAGCAGAAUAAAGCAAACUUUUUUUCUUAUUGCCAGUAACCAAAUAAGUUACGUGCAUUUAGGCAGGGAUCGCACCGUUAGGAUCUAUGAUAACCUUCAAUCGUUAUCAAUCUAUGAUAACCUUAGUUGAAAAAGUUUCCAACUUUCCUUUUUUGAAAAAAACAUUUUAAUAAAAAUUAUAACUAUGUAAUGUAAAAUUGACUAGUCCCUGGUAAUGCAAAAAUGAUUUAGCGUGUAAUUACAGUUAAUGUCUACAAUUUGAUACAUUCACACACAAAUAAAACCCCUGAUAUGGUUACUUCUGAAUUCUUUAGUAGUUUCAAGUUUUUAUUGUACAGAAAAUUGACCAUAAUAAACAUAUUUUAACUGGUUCAGUCUGUUUUACCUCAACAGUAUAAAGGGUAUUGCUUCUUUAAUUUCCACACUAAGGGGAGGUUUCUGUUGAAUGUUCUAGGAAUCUUCAACUAAAGAAGGCUAUGACAGAAAACUUUUUGCAAUUUUUAACUCUUAAAAGCCUUGGUAUGUUCAUAUUGCCUAUGUGUGAAUAUAUUUAUUCCAGAUGUGAAACAUGAGGAAUGUAAGUCUGAAAUUUUCUCUCUGGAUUCCACUUGGCAUUAACUAUAGUUCUCUAUGGUUACUAUAGUUACACUGAGAACUUUCUGAAGGGCUCUUAAAAAGAUCAAACUUAAUUAUUCUUCCAAACAUUGCCAGUGUACAAUUUAUGCAUGUUUGUACAAGCUGUUAAUGUUUAAAGUGAAAAACGGUCAAGCCUGUUUAAUUUUAAAAUGGGAACUGUAAAGGAAGUGUUGUGGAUUUGUUAUUAUCCAUUGUUAAUAUUUUACUGUCAUGGCGUCUUUGUUUACUAUGAAUCCAGAUUAGUUGGGCCAGUAGGCUGAAGUUGACAGAAAGUCCAAUAGGGAGAAUUCAGAAGCUGGUCAUUAUUUGCGUGAUUAAAUGAACUGUGUAGUUUUCACCAUUCGCUUACAUGCACUGAGAACAGAACAUGUUGAUUCCUGAACUAGUAAUAAAAGUUUGGUAUCGCAGCUUUUGUGAGGGAAAAGAUCUAGUCUGGCCGAAGCGGGCCCUGCUGCAGCUCUGGGUCGGUUUGUUGACAAUAGAUUCCAGCUAACAAAUGACAGAUUUUUUUUCUUCUUUUUAUUCAAUUUCCCCCCUUUUGUUGUAUUUAUUCACAAAUAUUAGCAAAUUUGGGGCAUUCAUGACCUCUACUGACAGGAAAAGCCUCAAAGGAUGAAGAUUUUCAUAUCCAAGUACCAUUUUCAUAUUCUCAAGUGAAAGUUUGACAUCGUCCGGAAGAAUUUUACAUUACUAUAGUCCGACUCAUCCAAGCAACGGGUGAAAGUUAUGUAUGUGAGAGAAAGCAAUGAUGCAAUACUGAAAGAAAAACUUUGAUGCUUCGAUGAGAGAAAAACA